GAUGUUGCAGAGUUGAGCGGUUUCCAAGAUAUGAAGUACGAACCUCUGUUACUUCCAUCAACUUCCAGUGGACAGGAAGAAGAAGCAGAAGAAGCAAACCUGGUGAAACAAACAUGGGCAGAGUCGAAGAAGAUCUGGCACGUAGCCGGGCCCACCAUCUUCAGCCGCCUCGCCAUGUUUUCUCUCACCGUCAUCACCCAAUCAUUCGCCGGCCACCUCGGUGACCGCGACCUCGCCGCAAUCACCCUCGUCACCACUCUUCUCAUAGGCAUCACCUUCGGCUUCUUGCUUGGGAUGGCGAGUGCACUGGAGACUUUGUGUGGCCAGGCUUAUGGAGCAAAACAGUAUCAUAUGUUGGGCGUUUACUUGCAGCGUUCAUGGAUUGUGCUGUCUUUGGGCGCUAUUGUUAUGUUGCCACUUUUUAUAUUUGCGUCACCUAUAGUGAAGUUUUUAGGUCAGCCGGAUGACGUGGCUGAACUGACUGGGAAGGUGGCGAUAUGGCUAAUUCCAAAGCACUUGAGCUUUCCGGUUCAGUUUUCAUUCAUGAGGUUCUUGCAGUGCCAACUAAAGACUUGGGUGAUUGCUUGGAUUUGUGGAGGGGUGCUUGUUCUGUCAAAACAGAAUUUUAGGAUAGAAAUUAGAGACAAGUGA